AAGAAUUAUACACAAAGAGAAGUAUUAAAUAUGAAUGGGCCAGCGAGAGAUUUGCCAUGGGGCGUUCGAUGUCUGAAAUACAUGUCCAAUGGCUGCUGCGAAAAUCGUCGUAUCAAUUGGAUGCUGUGGCACCAAAGUGGAGUGCUGGCACUCACUUACCUAGCAUAUACUUGUUACCACUUGACACGAAAACCGAUAUCCGUGGUGAAGAAUGUUCUGAGCCAAAACUGCAGCAAUUUGCAGCCACCUCCAGAUAUCUUAGUGAAUGACAGCAAUCGGGAUACUUGGUGCGAUUGGGCUCCAUUUGACACACAGGAUGCACCAGCAUUACUUGGCAUGCUGGAUUCGGCGUUCCUGUUCGCCUACGCUAUAGCUAUGUUCCUCAGCGGAUUUAUAGCAGAGAGGGUAAACUUGCGAUACUUCCUCUCUCUCGGUAUGCUGUUAUCUGGCAUAUCGUGCUACCUCUUUGGAAUCGCCAAGCCGUACAACAUCCAUAGUCUAUGGUUUUUCAUUCUCGUACAGGCGAUGGGUGGUAUCUUCCAGACUUCCGGCUGGCCGGGCGUAGUGACAGUCCUCGGAAAUUGGUUCGGCAAGGGCAAGCGCGGCCUGAUCUUCGGCAUCUGGAAUUCCCACACGUCCCUCGGGAAUAUACUGGGCAGCUUAAUCGCAGCUGCAUACGUCGAAACCGACUGGGGCCUGAGCUUCAUGGUGCCCGGCGCGAUAAUGGGACUGAUAGGAUUCAUGAUCUUCCUGUUCCUCGUCCCGUGUCCUACCGAGCUGGGAUACAGCUCACCGGCCGCUGCCGGCUAUCGGAAGAUUGACGUAACGAAUAGCUCGGACGAUGACUUGGCCGAUGUAGGUUAUCAUUCUCAGAGUGUUGUUGAGGAUCGUGUCAUCUAUCGCUGCGUCUACCGUGAACAACUUGCUGCCGACGGUUUGGAGAGCGGACAGUCCGAGACCAGUCCGAUGCUCUCGCGACACCGGCGCAGCCAGUCCGAGAACAGCGCGAUCGGGUUCGUAGGAGCGAUGAAGAUACCAGGCGUCAUCGAGUACUCCUUGUCUCUCUUCUUCGCGAAGCUCGUCAGCUAUACAUUCCUCUACUGGUUACCAUUGUACAUCGCGGCAUCGACUACGUACGGCGCGACCAUGAGCGCCGAUCUCUCGACUCUGUUCGACGUCGGCGGCAUCGUAGGCGCCAUAGUGGCCGGGGUUCUCUCCGAUUACAGCGGCAUGAGCGCGUUGACGUGCGCCGGGAUGCUUCAGCUCGCAAUUCCUUCAUUAUUCCUGUACGACUACGUCGGCAACACCAGCCUAGGUGUCAACAUAGUAUUACUACUGGUAGCGGGAGUAUUGGUGAACGGUCCCUACGCACUGAUAACGACCGCCGUGUCGGCCGAGCUGGGCACUCACCCGAGUUUAGGCGACAACUCGAAGGCUCUGGCCACAGUGACUGCCAUUAUUGACGGAACCGGCAGCAUCGGUGCGGCGGUCGGCCCGCUGUUGGCGGGCCUGGUCUCCCGGUGGGCUGGAUGGCACAAUGUCUUUUACAUGCUCAUGUUCGCGGAUCUGAUGGCCUUAUUGUUUCUAUCGAGACUGGUCUACAGAGAGGUAAGAGCGUGUGUACGAAGACGAAGAGUCCUGGAAGUCUGAGCUCCGAGAUCAAGUUUAUUAGGCGCUGCAUGGAGACAUGUGUAUAUGUAUAUAUACGCACGUGCAUUCUGCACUAGUUAAUUCCGAUAUUUAUAAUUUAUCUCGUGCUUUUUUUAAAAGCGUAGAAUAUUGUGCAGAAUUCAGAAUCGAGAUUAUGAUUUGUGCAUAAUAUUUAAAUGUAUCGAAAUAAAUGGUAUAUUUUUUACAGU